AUGCAGAUCCUCUCGUGCCAGAGGAGCAGAACCACCAUUCUGUUGACGGUCUUUUCGGCAUUGGUCUUCGUCUCGCUGUUGAGAUUGAACCAUUCUUCCGAACAUUUCCAACAUAAUGCUAAUAUCGAAAUCACUCCGGGAUCAUUAUCACAACCGCAAUCCCCAGAGCCUUCUGCAUAUCCCGCGUCAUCCGAAUCGCAAUCCGAGCUUGAAUCAUCACCAGAGCAACCACCGCCACAAAACAACCCUAAACCUCAACCUCAACACCAUUACCAAACGCAGGCGCAGGCGCCUCCAAAAAAUAAAGAAUCAAACCUCAAAACCCCGCAAAACUCAAAGGAACAGCAAACGUUGGCCAAACUCGAAAACUACGAAUGCGACAUUGACCUAGAUCUAAUCCGCCCCUACAAACCCUACGACGACACCCACGUAAAAUACUCAAGAUGGGACAUCGCCGUCGUCCGAACAUCCAACUUCAAAGGAUUCUCCCCAAACCUGAACGUACCACACCCAGACACCGAACAACCAGCCCUGGACCUCGACCUCGCCAAUCCAGGCCCAAUGGUCCAAUACAAGAAACUUCCCCCAUCAUCCUGCAAACCAAUCAUCAUUGAAGCGCCCGCUCCCGAAAAAGUCGACGCGUCGCACAUAUACGUUGGAUUCGCAACGACAAUCGAAAGACUACACGCCGACAUUCCGGCUUUCGCGCACUGGGCCUCGAAUAACAAUCUCCACAUGUUCGGUCUACUCGAGGAACGGGUCGUGGAAGGAGAUCUCGGCGACGGAAACGGCACUCAGAUCUUUGCUAUUGAUCGAUCGGAGGAAAUUGCGGAGUUGGAGAAACGCGCGGCUGAGUUGGGGAUUCGUUUAUCCCUUUUUACCUCGCAGGCUGAGUAUACGGAUCGAUACUUCGCGCUGACGAAGAUCAUGUAUGAGAAUCGUGAUCGGGAUGGUGUUAGAACGGAGUGGGCUGUUGUUAUUGAUGAUGAUACUUUCUUCCCUUCUAUGGGGAAUAUUGUGCGUCGUUUGCGCGAGGCGUACGAUUCGCGGGAGAAGUGGUAUGUCGGUGCGCCGACUGAGAGCUUCGAACAGUUGAAAAUGAAUAUGUGGAUGGCAUUUGGUGGCGCGGGUAUUUUCAUGUCUAUGCCCUUGAUUGAGGAGAUGAUUGGGUCGUUUGAUCAAUGUGAUUUGUGGAAGGGGCCUGGUGAUCAGAAGAUUGCGCAGUGUGUCUAUUGGCAUACGAAGACCAAGUUGACUUGGGAUAAGGGGCUUUUCCAGCUUGAUAUUAACAAUGAUGUUUCUGGGUUCUUCGAGUCUGGUCGACCUUUGCCGCUUUCGUUGCAUCAUUGGAAGUCCAAUUUUGAUGUUGAUAUGGUGCCUCUUGCGAAGGUUGCUGCGGUUUGCGGCGAUAAUUGUCUGCUUAAGAGGUGGCAGGUUGGCGAUUCGCGAGAGUGGUUCUUUACCAAUGGGUUCUCUUUGGUGAAGUAUUCUGCUCCCUUGACGGAUGAGGAGAUGAAUAGUAUGGAGUUCACCUUCGAGGAGGACUUUUGGAAGCCGAUGGAUGACUAUGCGUUUACUCUUGCGCCGUUGCGGGAGAUGGAUUGGGGCAAGAUCUCGUUUCAAUUGCGUGAUGCUGUUAUUGAGAAUGAUGGACAGCGCGUGAGACAGAUCUAUGUUCAUGAGCCGGACUUCUUUGACGAAGGUCGCACGGAGGUUCGCGAGGUUGUUUGGAAUAUCAUUGAUGAAGAGUGA